AUGGCGAAACUUGGGCUUGAAGCUUUAGUGAUAUUGGCAUACCUUUUUCAGAUCUGCAUUGCAGCAACCGCCCAAGAUCUACCCCUUUACCUCCCACGCGAGAAGCCAGAAUGGGCAGAGCAUCUAUCGCCCAACCUUGCUAGUUUUAGCAUUGAGAUGGACACUUGGCCAGACUGGGCUGGAAAAAAAGUUGGAGAACCCAACGAGUAUUUCAAUCAGAUUUUACGCAACCUUGGUGAGAGGACCGGGCAUAUGCCUUUCCUACGAGUGGGUGCAAUUUCUCAGGAUCGAGCGACAAUAGAUCUCCAAUACGAGGUGAUGAAUGCGACAUUCCCGGAACCCACGCCACAAGCACCUAAUCCACAAGCUGACCAUAUCUUCAUUGGGAGGGACUUUUAUGCGCUCUCUGGUAACCUCCCCGAGGGAACCUCGUUCAUGUGGGGUCUCAACUUGAAAGAUCUGAAUAAAACAGAGACAGUGGCACAAGCUCAGCUUCUGGCCGAGAGUUUUAUAGGUUCCAGGGCACAUUUAACAAGCAAAAUGAGUCUUGAAUAUGUUGAACUGGGAAACGAGCCUGACUUCUGGGGCCCUACUCGCUGGGGAAGCUACCGUGGACCUUACGGACCAGAGUGGAAUACUCUAAACUACACCGCUACAUGGGUCGAUUUCGCUAAAGCCGUUAGCGGCGUCUUUCACACUGGAGAAUCAGAAACAGAGAAACCCAAGCUGUCGCCUGGAGGUUUCACAGGCUUUAUGUCGCCAGAAUGGACGCCCCAAGGGCCACUUCUGGCCGGCCUACUAGAUGAUCCCGACAUUCGAGAAAGGACGUCCCAAUUUACGGAACAUGCAUAUUCUGGCGGAUUUGACCCAUAUGGAAAUGUGCGACCUGGAGAAUUGAUGAACAAACUCUCGGUUCGUGCCAAUAUGAGCGCCAUCGUUAGCAGACGACAUGCUGUUCAAGGUGCGGGGCUACGUUAUGUUCUGACAUUUAGCCACGGUCAACCUGGUCUAAGUAACACGGUCGAGAGUGCGCUUUGGGCCGCUGACUGGCUACUUCUUGGAGCAUCAUAUGGAAUCGAGCGGCUUCAUUUUCAUCACGGCAUAGGCUAUCGGUACAACCUUGUUCAGCCAGUUGAUAGCUCUGACGAUGGGUUGAACAUUACUCGCCCUCAUAUUCUGCCUUCUUAUCACGCUUUUCUAAUUGUUAAUGAAGCUAUCGGCAAAUCAGGCGAUUCAUACGUUACAGAACUCUCUACUACAGAUCUGAACAUGACCGCUUAUGGGAUAUGGGAGACAAAUGUUCUCGUUCGUGCAGUUGUGUUGAACACUCAGGUGUAUCUAGGGGAAGGCGAAAAACCGGGAAUCGAGGUUCAGCUUAUUGGGCCGGGUGCUCAGCGACCAUGCACGGUUAAAAGGCUGAACUCCGACACAACCACAUCUUUUACUGGAAUGUAA